UGGACACAGUUCAAGACACUGAGAGGCAGUCAGAGGCAGAAACACUGACUGAGAGACACUGACUGAGAGACAGUCAGAGGCAGAAUCACUGAGAGGCAAUCAGAGACAGUCAGAGACAGUUGGAAAAAAAUUGCUGUCUCUCUGAACCCUCUCUGACUUUAGUGCCUUUGUCCCUGAGACAUGAGAGUGAGGCUCAUAUGAACUCAACCACAAAAUGGGGCAGAACUAUGUGACGCAACACAGGAAGUAUUACACUGUCACCUCUUACACUGCACCAGCCCUUCUGUCCACACACACACACACACACACACACGAAAAGGAAGCAGGUUAUUGAAAACUCUUGAGGAAGGAACACAAAUAUCCACAUCCUGGCAGACGGACAAUAUGCUCAAACACAAACUGACAGGUUUUAAGUGGUUUGGGAGUCUGGGGAACCUUUCUUUUCGUCGCAAGUCGGAUGCAGCAAAGGAAAGUGUCCAAAAGGAUGACGAGACGGCCAUCGAUGAUGAUGGCAUGGGCCCUCGCUGCCCAAGCUACGCCCGUUCCAGUGAAAUGUACACCCACAUGGGCACCAUGCCUCGUUCUAAGAAGAAGAAAGAAAAGAGCAUCAAGGCUAAAAGUCAGGAGCAGAAGAGUCUUAAAACUAAACCCAAAACCAAGAGCGCCCCCUUGGGCCGGACUCAAAGCAUGAGAUGUUCAGACUACGUGAUUGAUUCGCCUCUCCUCAGUGCUCUCAAUGCUAAAGCACUCUCAAGCCUAAACGAGAACAACGUAGACGUCAAGCUCACACCGGAACACCAGAAAGCUGAGUCCAAGGAAGAACCUGAAGCUGUGAGCAUUGAGCAGUUCCAGAAAGAUCCGGAUAGCGCACAUUCAAAACCCGAUCCAGAAGCUCCAGAUCCACCUCCAGAUGCUCUCCUGGAGAAACCAGAACUGCCUAAGAAGAGUAGUGUCUCUGUAAAGGUCUCUGUGGAUCUGCAGGAGGACAAGACUUCCAUCAUCAGUGAGCAGCAUCAAGAGCAAGAAGAUGAGGAAAGAAAAAUUGGUCCAGAUCCUGAAAGUCAAAAGGGAACCACAGACAGCCAGGGAGAGUAUGUAGAGUUCUCCAAGGAGAAGUACCUGUUGGAGUCUCCCCCAGAGAAGUUGAGGAAGGAGCUGGAGGAGGAACUCAAACUCAGCAGCAGUGACUUGAGGAGCCAUGGCUGGUACCAUGGCCACAUCCCACGAGAGGUGUCGGAGACGCUGGUUCUGCGCAGCGGGGAUUUCCUGGUGCGAGACUCUCUGGCCAAUGCAGGUGAUUAUGUGAUCACGUGUCGCUGGCAGCAGGAAGUGGUGCACUGCCGCAUCGGUAAGGUUCUGGUGAAGAGCGGACAGACGAAGGUACAGUUUCUCCUGGAGGAUGAGACCUUCGACUCGCUGCCCGCACUGAUCCGGCACCACGCUGGCACCGGCCGGCCCGUGUGCCCGCGCUCCGGUGCUCAGCUGCUGUGCCCGGUCAACCGCACACUGCCCCUCAGGUACCUGGAGGCCACGUUUGCCCUGGCAAGCGGGAAAUCAGGGUCACAUUCACCAUCUGCUCAGCGGGGAGCGCACAUCAAGAGACGCAGCGUCACCAUGACGGACGGCCUGACCACCGAGAAGCUCAUCCCACACAGUCCAUCCACAGUUCACCAUAAAGAUGCCAUGAGGAACUGUGCGCACAGUAUGGACCAGAUCCAGGAGAUGCGCUGUCCUCUGUCCCCUGUAGGAGAAGCUCCUCUCUCUCCUGCCUACACCUCCAUUUCCCGUCACAGACAUGGCUCAGGUGGGCGUGUCUUGGCCGUCAUUCCACCUUCACCGGUGAUGCGACGCUCCAGCGAGCCCCACCUCUCCCCUUCCUCCUCCAGUAACAAUGUCCCGUGCUCAGACACGCCUCCCAACGCUCACAGCUACCCCUCAGAUGGCUCAGAAGGAGGAGGCAGUUAUUGCGAGCUGAGACCAGGCCAGCCCCCAACACCUCCCUCUAAGAGCUACGUGGAGAGGCUGAGGGUGGAGGAGAGCCGAGUGCCAGGCUCCACCCCCAGUGAUGGAGGCGAGAGCUUCACCCUGCCUCUCAUGGAGAGUAGUUCAUGCUUCAGACCCGGGCGGUACCAAUCGACCCUGCUUCCUGCAGAGAAUAAGCCCCUGGAAAUGGGGGUGUUGAAGAGGGUGAAGGAACUGCUGGCUGAAGUGGAUCCUAAAACAGCGGCCAAACACAUCACCAAAACUGACUGCACGGUUGCUAGGAUACUGGGCGUUACCAAGGAGAUGCAAAGGAUGAUGGGAGUGGGUUCAGGGCUGGAGUUGGUGACUCUACCACAUGGCCAUCAGCUGAGACUGGACCUGCUUGAGAGGUUCUACACCAUGUCCAUAAUGAUGGCGGUGGACCUGCUGGGAUGUACGGGCAAUAUGGAGGAACGAGCCACUCUGCUCUACAAGACCAUCCAGCUGGCAGCAGAACUCAAGAGCACCAUGGGAAAUAUGUACGGAUUCGCCGCCAUCAUGAGAGCCCUCGAACUCCCGCAGAUCUCACGCUUGGACCAGACAUGGAUGACACUGAGACAGAGACACACAGAGGGAGCCAUCUUGUAUGAGAAGAAGCUCAAACCCUUCAUGAAGGGCUUAAAUGAAGGCAAAGAGAGCUCUGUACUGUCCAGUACGUCUUUCCCACACGUGGUGCCCGUGCUGUGUCUUUUGGAAAAGGGCGUGACUGUGGGGGAGGGGUCAGAGCCGUGGGAUACUUCAGAAUGUGGAGUGGACGUGGUCAUGAACCACCUAGAGGCGGCACGCAGCAUUGCACACCAUGGAGGCCUGUACCGCACCAACGCCGAGAGCAAGCUCCACGAUUUCCAGGAGAGAGAGGACGUGUCGGAGAUCUUCUGCACAGAAUUCCAGAUGAGGCUGCUCUGGGGAAGCCGAGGUUCCGAGGGCAGUCAGAGUGAACGCUACGAGAAGUUCGACAAAGUCCUCACGGCGCUUUCGCACAAGCUGGAGCCUCCUGUACGCCACAGCGAGCUCUAGCACCACCCGCCACCCCCGUCUGGCACAUUGGUAGUGUCCGAACCUUGCUGUCUGUCCCACCUUUGGCAGAGACCUUUAUAAAGACAGAGGAAAUGGAACAAAUCAAAUCCAACCUGCGAAUAAGGCACAAAAGGGGGCGUGGUUUAUCCAGACGGGAUGGCGCCUCGUUUCAUACGGAACGCAGAACUUCAGCAGGGGCGGAGUUUAAAAUCCUGACACCAAAAUCUCUUUUCUGACUUUGGAGAUGAGGGAUUGAGAAACAUCUCCGUGUGCAUGAUCAUCACUCCAUCGCCCCGGGACACUCAGAGAGACAUCACUCAGUCGCUCAUCCAACAUAUAAAUGUCUGUUGCCAAAUCUCAGUCACCACUUCCUUCACAAAAAUCUCAUUUGUAUACAUUUUAUUAUUAUUUUUAUGGGUUUAUUUUGACUUCUGCGUACAAGGAGCAAUAUGUGGCAACCGACGCACACUCAGUAGCCAAAGCUGUGGAGAUGGUGGAGAUCUCAGCAUGGCCUGUGGGUGAGUGUGUAGAGUGGGUUCACACCCUGGACCUCAUCCUGGUUCCUGCUGGAGAUCUCACCACAAAAAAUAAAAAAAGACGGGUUCCUGUUGGUGAUCUCUUGAUGAUCUCAGCCUGGUUCCUGGUCCUUGUUGGUGAUCUUGAGAAAGAUCUCACCCUGGUUCUGGAUCUGUUGAGGAUCUCUUUGGAAGAGUUUAGCCUUCAUCCUGGUCACUAUUAAAGAUCUGUUGAAGAACAAAAACUCCUGGGAGCCAUUUUACAAUGGUUCCUGUUGAAGAUCUCACUCUGGUUUCCAUCAAAUAUCUGUUGAAGAUCUCACCUCUCAACGUAGGUCCUGUUAAAGAUCUCACCCUGGUUCCAGUUGAAGUUCUCACCACAAAUCUUAUUCAAGAUCUGUUGGGAAAAGAUCUCACCCUUUUAGUUCCUCUCAAAGAUCACAUCAGGAUCUCACUCUGGUUCCUGCCGAAGAUUUGUUGAAGAGCUUUCUCUCUCUCUCUCUCUCUCUCUCUCUCUCUCUCUCUCUCUCUCUCUCUCGCUAUCUCUGAUUCCUGUUAAAGCUUCUCCCCAGAUUCCUUUUAAAGAUCUCACUCUCAGUGGCGCUCAUUGAAGCUCCUCUCUGAAGAUCUCCUGUGUGGACUGAUACUCUGACGUGGACGUUCUGCAUGUUGCUCCUUUCCUCCUGUCACGGCUUUACCGAGUGUGAAGGCUGGAGAGAAACUGUGAAGAGUGUAAAGAGAUGUGUGUUUGAGUAUGUUUUCAUUUUCUCCAUUUUACAGAAGUGUGUGUGUGUGUGUGUGUGUGUGUGUGUGUGUGUGUGUGUGUGUGUGUGUGUGUGUGUGUGUGUGUGAGGUCUUCAGGUUAAAGUCCAGUGUAAUAACUGGACUGUGUGAAUUUCCUUUGUGCUCUAUUUUGGACGUUAUAAUAAUAAUUUAAUUUAUAUUCAUGGACGGUUUUAAUUUCUCUGCUCCGUCUCAGCGCAUGUGCCACACUGCAACCCUGAAAUAAACAUAACCUAAAAAAAUUAGACUUUUUUUAAACAAAUAAACAGUCUUUGUUUAGUGAGUGAAAGAACCGCUGUUCGCUCUCCUUAUUUUUAUUUCUUCACUUUAAAAGCCAGCAGUGUUCAGGUGAAUCCGACUCCAUGUGAUUUUACCUACUGUAAUUCUCUUUCCUGAUAUUAUUAUAGUCUUAUUUCCCCAGCUGAUGAUGAUAAAUACAAAUGCAUUUCAUUCUUUAUUUCUUGAAUUCUUGAUUUCUCAGUAGCGCUCAGAUCACCACCAUUAACCAUCUGUUUAUUGAACUUUAUUCCCAGGGGAUUAAAACACAUUGUGGAGGCUCUAUUUCAGGUAAUUUUUUUAUAAAAAGGAAAAAAAAAAAGAAGCAAUUUGAGAUCUGAAGGUGGAGGAACGGAGGCUCUGUAUGCAAUUCCACUUCCAGCCAGAAGAGGGCUCUGUACAGCAAGCAAAAAAAAAAAUUCAAGGGGGAAAAAACUAGACAGAGCAAAAGAGGCAGGAGAAUUUGCACCAACAUGGAUUAAAAAAAGUUUAUUUUAAAAAAAAGGGGAAAAGGUUGAAUUUUUUAAACCUAAUACAUCUCAUAUAAAUAAAUCUUGUAAAAUGAAAUUCUCACAGAUGCUGCAGAAGAAACUGGAGUAAAAAAAUAAAAAAUAAAAUUACAAUAAUGGAAUAUGAGUGUGAAUGGUUGUGUGUCUCUGUGUGUCAACCUUGUGAUGAUCUGGUGACUUGUCCAGGGUGAACCCCGCCUCUCACCCAUACUCAGCUGGGAUAGGAUCCAGCUCACAUGCGACCCUGUAGAACAGGAUAAGCGGCUACAGAUAAUGGAUGGAUGGAUGGAUUAAAACAAUGUUUAAAAAAAACAACAGAAAAUAACCAACAUUAGAAAGUUGUCAUGAAUAUAUUUCAUAUUUUACACAGGACCAGAUUUAUCACUUAGGGUUUAGUUUAACUGAAUACCAUGAAGGCGUAAACACUUUUUCAUAAACUCCAGGAUAAAUUCAGUCCAUGUUGGUGCAAACUCACACUCAGAGUCAUUUUUAAAUAUUUUUGGAGUGUUCUCCUGUCCAGGUUUGACUGACCUGAUCUUUAUUUUGUGGUGUAAAUAGAGGACGGGACUCUGAUGGACUGAAAACAUGUUUAAAGCUGUUUUUUUUUUUUUUUGCGUCUUCUUUCUUAUGUGCUGUACAUAUGAGUGUGUGACAUGUUUCUCAAUCUUUUUUCCAGGAAAUAAAAAUACAGUAAGCUUGA